AUGCACUUGGAACCAGUCAAGUCGAGAAAACAAAGGAGAGAAGACAGUCGGUGCACUUGGAACCAGUCAAGCCAAAGAAACAGAGUAGAGGAGGCAGUCGGUACACCGAACAGAGCACCGAGCAAGUUCAGUCGGUGCACUUGGAACCAGUCAAGCCAAGGAAAUAGAGGAGAGGAGGCAGUCGAUUCAGUUGGUGCACUUGGAACUAGUCAAGCCAAGGAAACAGAGGAGAGGAGGCAGUCGGUACAUCGAACAGAGCACCGAACAAGUUCAGACCAACCAAAUCUCAUCCCAAACGGUUGGUUAUCGUCGGUGAUCUUUUUCUAG